AUGGCAGAGACAACGGAAAAUGAUGUAGUCGGCGAUCUGAUCGCGCAAGAACUAUCGCAUACUCCUUUUGCGUGUUCAUCCCUUCGCCGUUUAUUUGGUGGCACUGCAAACUUUGUAUAUGAAGGCAUACUUGCUUCAACAGAAGAGUCUGUCCUCAUCAAGCAUACAACGAACUAUUUGGCUUCCAGCCCAGACUCAGGCUUCAAUAUUGAUCCUGUGCGAUCCAUCUAUGAGGAAUAUAUUCUUCGAGUACUAGAUGGUCUAGCACCAUACUCACAUGACAAUCUGAUGGUCAAAACUCCCCGGGUUCUUUACUUCAAUGUAAAGACAGAUACACAAGUUCUCGAAUAUCUUCCAAACUCAGUGGAUCUGAAGUCAUUCCUGCUCUCUGAAGAGUUCCAAGGAGUGUCGAAGCCACUAGCACAAUCUCUUGGUCGUGCGCUUGGAUCCUGGCUACGCCAUUUCCACAAUUGGGUGCGCGAAAAGCAGCAGGCGGAGUCCAGAGAGAUGCUCGCCAAGAACGAUUCCAUGAAACAGUUGAAGUUCUCCGUAAACUAUGAUACUUUGAUCAACACGAUUGAUAAUUUCCCGGAGAUUUUGGAAAACAGCCGUGAUGUUUUUGAAAAGGUUCGCGGUCUUGCGGCAGCUGAGUUGAAAAAACAGCCCCAUGAUGAAGGAUAUGGAGUGAUCCACGGAGAUUUCUGGACCGGCAAUGUACUUAUUCCAAAAGCUUUCCUUGGACAAUCCGAAGUCACCAUGUUUGUUGUUGAUUGGGAGAUGUCACAGAUUUCCAACAGAGGAUUGGAUCUCGGCCAAAUGAUUGCUGAAGUUUUGCAGACGAAGCUCUUCAAACAGGUGGAAGGUAGCAUAUGGGUAAUCGAUGGAUUUUUGCAGGGGUACGGGCAUUUGACCGACGAUAUGGCCUUCCGAACUGUAAUACACGCUGGAGUGCAUCUUAUCUGUUGGGGAAGCAGAGUGACUGGAUGGGGAAGCCAACAGCAAAUUGAAGAAGUCGUUCAAGUGGGAAAAGACUUUAUCGAACAGGGUUGGAUGCGAAAUAAAGCAUGGUUCGAAGGGGGAAGCUUAGAAUUUCUGUUCAAGAGAUGA